UUUUCAUUGUCAUUUGAAUCAAAAUUCAAAGUGAUACUGUUUAUCCUAUAUUUCUAAUAAUUAUUGAUAGCAAAAUAUUUCCAUUCAAAAAUGUUUCCAUCCCGAUAACUCCGCGCCAGUGCCGUAUCUACAGUAAAACUCUUAUCAUGUUCAGAAGACUACUCAGCGUGAACCAUUUCCGGUCCGUAUCUCCUUCGUUCAUUCGUGUCGCAGCGGUGGCGUUAUCUUUUGGCAAAUUAUCCACCUAUUCCCAGCUUGCCGAAAUUUCCACUUCCAUCGUUCAAAGUCGAGACCUAACCCUGUACAUAAACCGAGGCAAGAAGGAAGCCCAGAGUGAAAAAUCUCCAUCAGAUGGCCCACAAAGCAGCCAAGAGAAUGACCACGAGAAGAAACAGGGAAGGAUGGUGCCCAAGUUGAUUUAUAUCCAACACCCGAUGAGGUAUCUGAAAAACAAACUGGAUUUGCUGAAACUGAAGUUCUUUUGGGAUUUUUCGUUCAAACAAAAGGACUUCUUUUAUGGCGCGUCUAAGGCUGUAGUCGUCGUUUUGGAUCUCAUUCGAGAACAAAAUGCAAUAGAUAUUCACGAAGUAACCACAACUGGAGGUUUCAAGCAGAUUGCUCGAGAUAUGAUCUUAUCUAGAGAAGAUCCGCGUAUGCAACUGAUGAAAUUUCGGAUGAAGGAUAUUAUGAAAGCAAUACCUGUGAAGAUUCAUCUUAUUAAAAGAGACGACAAGAAGCACUGCCUAAUUGACGUUUUCUUCGUUGCAAUGCGAAACAUUAAAGAUUUUAGGACACCUGACGAAGUGCGUGAGAUUAUCGAAAACGUCCGAAAAUUCGACACAACACGUUCAACUGAGAAACAAAAUCAGCCUAACAGGAUCAUAUUUGCUGAAAUUUACACACGAUUCUACCGAGAGUACACAGAAGGUGUGCCCCCAGAAUGGUCCAUUGCCUUUUAUAAGAUAACCAGUUUUGAUGUACUGUAGAAAUUCAGUUUUAAAGUUCAUCCAAAACGGUGUAAAGUUUGGCAGAC